UCAGCUUUGGCAGCGAGAGAAAGUACAUCCACGCUGUUUUGUACACUGGUCUGACAUGACUGGCGAUUCCGUUCGUUGACGUGCACAUUGUUAUUCUGUGGUGCUCGGGACUAUGUGUAUUGUCAGGGGAUAAAUAUCGGAUCUAAACUUCGACAGAGAUCAACUUGCCAGAUUCGCCAUGGCUCUUGACACCCUGGAGAAAGCACUGGCAGAGGUCGGCUAUGGCAGAUGGCAGAUCCCCGUGGUAAUCAUCACAGUCAUGGUGCACAUGCUGGCCCCCGUGCACUUGAUCGGGUCAACUUUACUGAAUGCACAGCCUGAUUUUCGAUGUAGGGCUGUGAGUCAGGUCGUUAACUUCACAACUUCGACCCCGAACUUCGUAUUAAGGCCAGAGGAUAACUUUGUCCCGAAUAGCACGGAUCUCGAGGAUUUCUACAACAAUGAAUGCCGCGCUUCCACCUCCUCCUCCACCUCUUCCUCCUCUCCUACCCCUGAGUGGAGAUCGACAGGACUUGCUUCGUGCCCGGAGAUCCUACAGGAUGAUUCUACGUUUUCGUCUACUGUUUCCAUGGAGUGGCAGCUGGUGUGCGAGCAGAGUUGGCUGAGGCCGCUGUUCCAGAUGGCUUAUUCAGUUGGUUCGAUGGUUGGAAGCACAGGAGGCGGCCAUGUGAGUGACAGGUACGGUCGCAAAAGGGCCAUCCAGAUAGCGUGCGGCAUCAACCUGGCAGCGAUCGUGGGUAUGUUGUUCCUGCCUUGGUACCCGGGCGUGUUGGCUGCCAGGGUCCUCUCGGGCUGUUCCAUUGGCUGCAUGAUUUUGCCGGUGUUCAGCCUCGCGUUAGAGACCACGCCCUCUCGGCACAGGACGCUGGCGGGGAUGCUCCUGGGGACCUCCUUCAGCGCGGCGGUGGUGCUGUUCGCCGGCGUCGGGUUCUUCGUCAGGACGUGGCGCUGGCUCCUCCUGGCUGGCUCGUUGCCGCUGCUCGUCGUUCUGCCUCUGGCCUUUCUUGUGGCCGAGUCUCCGCGUUGGCUCAGUCAGCAGGGCCGAGGUCACGAGCGGCGGUCAUCUUAGGUCACGCCGCCACCAGGAACCGCGUCCAGCUCUCGUCCACCCUGACCUCCGCCCUCCGUGACCUACAGGAGGAGGUCAAGGAAAAGCCCCAGAGGUCACAGGCAGCCGACAUGACCUAUGGAGAGCGAGCGCGGGCGAAAAUCCACCAGGGACUCGUGUAUUUACGUUUUCCUUCGUUGAGACGUAUUAUCUUGGCCACCACAGGUAUAUGGUACCUACAGGGCAUCCUCUACCUGGGUAUCAUCCUCAAUGCUAAUAAUUUCACAAGCAACGACCCUUAUAUCUACGUGGCCAUGUCCGGCACCAUGGACCUCAUGGCCAUCCUUCUAGCCACGCCCCUCAACAUGCGGAUGGGGCGUCGGUUUAUCGUGGGCGGCGCCCUGCUGGUGGCGGGCAUCCUCCUGCUGGUGGAUCUGGCGGUUCCCGACGAACUUUGGUGGGUACGAUGGCUCCUCGUGAUGACGUCAUUGCUCCUUAUUGCUGCCGCUUUCCAGGUGAACUUCAUGUACGUGCCGGAGCUGUACCCGACCGUGAUCAGGUCCAGGGGCUUCGCGCUGGCCAGCCUCGCCGGGAGUUUCGGCUUCCUGACGGCGCCCUUCAUCACGGACGUUCUGGCGCAGAAGGCGUGGUGGGCGGUCGGCGCCACUUUCGGCUCGGCGGGAAUCCUGGGGAGCCUGCUGGUGCCCCUCUUGCCCGAAACGAACAACAUGCCCCUCCCGGACACGCUGGAGGACGUCGAGAGGAGGCGGGAGGGCAUUACGGAGGCCAAGAGGGGCGAGGCGAGGAGUCAGGAUGAUGAGCAAGGGCGUGAGGUUGAGGAAAUGCCCGCCAUUGGUCCUGCUGAGAAGGCUUAAAUGUAAGGUUCUCGGCGUCGGGGGUAUCAGCUGAUCGUGGCGUCGGGGGCAUCAGCUGAUCGUGGCGUCGGUGAUAUCAGCUGAUCGUGGCGUCGGUGGCAUCAGCUGAUCGUGGCGUCAGUGAUAUCAGCUGAUCGUGGCGCCAGUGGCAUAAGCUGAUCGUGGCGUCAGUGGCAUCAGCUGAUCGUGGCGUCGGUGGCAUCAGCUGAUCGUGACGUCAGUGAUAUCAGCUGAUUGUGGAGUCAGUGGCAUCAGCUGAUCGUGGCGUCGGUGGCAUCAGCUGAUCGUGGCGUCGGUGGCAUCAGCUGAUCGUGGCGUCAGUGGCAUCAGCUGAUCGUGGCGUCAGUGGCAUCAGAUGAUCGUGGCGUCAGUGGCAUCAGCUGAUCGUAAACUGUGAUGUUUAUUAUUAAUCUGAUAGGUAUUUUGUUAUAUCUGAUUCAUAAAUAAAGUACAAUUGCA